AUGGAGACAGAUGAGGUCAUUCAAAAGACCAUCAGAGAGCAGUUCCAUAACUCAACGGUGAUCACCAUUGCACAUAGACUCAAUACCAUUGUCGACUAUGAUAUGAUUGUGUUGAUGAGUGAUGGACGUAUCAAACAGGUUGGCAAACCAUCUGAAGUGCUCCAACUCAUGGACUCCCCAACCAACUCUUCGCCAAACCUACCAUCACUCUCCACGGCACCCAGUGACUCAACAGCCUCAUCAUCAUCAUCCCAUAACAUGAUGCCAAUCAAGGAGUCACUCAUCUAA